GCCAUAGCGACAGGGCCGGAAGGGAGGAAGAUGGCGGUGGUGGCUGUCCCGGCGCGGGAAGUGGGGCCGGGCGGCUCCUUCCGCCGCUACCUGGCGCGGUUGGGUGCGCUGCGGACUCAGCCUGGCGCGGAGCGUUCCGCCGGCGGCCGCCGCACCGAACUGCACCUGCUGUUCGAUCAGCUCAUCUCCGAGAACUGCGGGCCGGCGCCGGCGGCGGGGCCCAGCGCUCAGGAUGUUUGUGUCUUGCUUGCCCAGGCCUGCCAGCUGGUUCACUUGGAUCAGGAGCAUCUCGUCAGCAAAGUCUGUCAGCUCAUCCAUCACCUACUUAACAGAUUCCAGGUGGUAGUUGAUGAACAGAACUUGAAUUUUCUUCUCUCUUACUGCAUCUCUGCUCUUAAGCAAUGCAGUUCUUGGACACACGUUGAAAUUCUCCAAGCCUUAGCUGCUCUUGUUUACAAUAAUGGACCUAAAUGUCAGAAGUACCUGCAGGAUUUGCUGGGCAAGAUGGGACUCCUGGUGCAGUUCAGUGAUCCUGCUCAGCCCGACAUGGAACUCAGGAGGGCAGCAGUACACAGCAUGGCAAACCUGUGUCUCAGUGUGCCUGGACAGCCAUGCUUGGAUGAGCCCUACAGAAGUGUCUGUUUUCAAACGUUCCUAAGUGUUCUGCAGUCUUCAAAAACUUCUAAUGUAGAUGACAUUGUCUUUUGCAUGUUGCUACAAAAUGCACUGAAAGGUAUCCAGUCACUUCUGAAUGGUGGGAAGAUGAAGAUAAUGCAGACUGACCAACUUGGAUCUCUCCUUGCAGUAUUAAAGAAAUGUAUGUUUCAUGGGCUGCCAGGGCUGAGCAUAGAGAUGCCUGCAGCCUUGUACCCAGCUCCAUUACCUCAGUAUGACAAAAGGUCACCUGUCAAACAGGAGCAACCAGAGCCAGCUGCCGUUAAGCCCACAGGGAACCGAAGAAAGAAGUCCAAAGGGAAACAAAAGAAGGGAGAGUUUGCGGAAGAAGGAAAAGAAGAUCUGUGUGAUACAGGAAAUGAAUCAAACCAUGGAGCAGACGUGCUGAAACUGAACUUGGAGAACAGUCCUUGUGCGGAUCCCCGGGCUUGUGCGUCAGAUGUUGCAUGUGUGCCUGCUGGAAAGGAUCCCUUACCUUCACAUGGUACUAGCUGGAAAAGAAUCAGCAGCAGCGAGUCAGAAUAUUCUGAUGCUGAGGGCGGAAUGCAGAGCAAAAUGAGAUCUUAUCAAGCCAAAGUUCGUCAAGGGGCACUAGCAUGUUUCCUCUCUGCUAUAAAGUCAAUAGAAAAAAGAGUUCUUUAUGGCUACUGGUCAGCAUUUGUUCCUGAUGCACCUGGCAUCGGCAGCCCGCAGUCAGUGUCCUUGAUGACUAUUGCUUUAAAGGACCCUUCUCCUAAGACACGUGCCUGUUCUCUUCAAGUUCUCUCAGCCAUUCUGGAAGGUUCUAAGCAGUUUCUUUCUAUUGCUGAAGAUGCUAAUGAUCACAAGAGAGCUUUUACUCCCUUCUCUGUAACUAUUGCUUCUAGCAUCCGGGAGCUGCACCGCUGCCUGCUGUUAGCACUGGUGGCAGAAUCGUCUUCUCAAACACUAACUCAAAUAAUCAAGUGCCUUGCAAAUUUGGUUUCAAAUGCACCAUACAGCCGUUUAAAUCCUGGGUUGCUGACGAGAGUUUGGAACCAGAUAAAGCCAUACAUUUGCCAUAAAGAUGUUAAUGUUCGAGUUUCUAGUCUCACAUUAUUAGGGGCUAUAGUGUCUGCCCAAGCACCUUUACCAGAGGUGCAGCUACUUUUACAACAGCCCAGUUCUUCAGGGCUAAGCAACAGCGGUAGUGCAACCCCUCAUCGUUUUAAUUUUUCUGAGCAGUGGAGAAAAGCACUCCCCUUGGAAGGGGAAUCUCCAGAGAAUCCGUCGGGAUGUUUGCCUCCAGAACCAUGCUGGCUUAUUCGUCUCUGUAUUUCUGUCAUUGUUCUGCCCAGAGAGGAUUCCUGUUCUGACAGUGAUGCUAACUUUCCAUCUGGGAGUGUUUAUGAACCAUCACCUGUUCGACUGGAAUCCUUGCAGGUGUUAGCUCUUCUUGUGAAGGGGUAUUUCUCUAUGGCUCAGAGCUAUUUGCUAGAACUUGGGGAAGUGGCUUGCAAAUGCAUGGAAGAGAUGGAUCCAUCCAUUCAGCUUCAUGGAGCCAAACUUCUGGAGGAGCUGGGCACUGGUGUAGUACAGCAACACAAACCUGAUUCAGCUGUUGCCCCUGAGAAGAGAGUUCCAGUCAGCAUGGUUGUAACUUUUUGGACUAUGAUGUUGAAUGGCCCUUUACCUGGUGCUCUCCAGAAUUCUCAACAUGCAACUCUUCAGACAAGUGCCUGUGAUGCUCUGUCCUCCAUCCUGCCGGAGGCUUUCAGCAGUCUGCAGAAUGACCAGCAGAUACUGUGCAUCACUCUGCUGCUUGGCCUGAACCACAGCGAGACACCACUGGUAAAAGCUGCUGCUGUACGUGCCCUUGGGGUCUACAUCCUCUUCUCUUGCCUUCGUCAGGAUGUGAUGUUUGUAGCAGACACAGCAAAUGCUAUCCUGAACUCCCUCCACGACAAGUCUCCCAGUGUCCGUGCCAAAGCUGCCUGGUCCCUGGGCAACCUCACCGACACUCUGAUUGUCAACAUGGAAACAAUGGGACAAAGUUUCCAAGAGGAAUUCUCUGAUCUCCUACUGUUGAAGAUGUUACGGUCUGCGACCGAAGCAUCCAAGGACAAAGACAAGGUAAAGAGCAAUGCAGUCAGGGCCCUUGGGAAUCUGCUUCACUUCCUGCAGCCGUGUCAUGUAGCACACCCCAGGUUUAGGGAGGCCAUCGAGGAGUCUCUCCAGGCCCUUGUUUCCACUGUUCAGAGUGAGGCCACUAUGAAAGUGCGCUGGAAUGCUUGUUAUGCACUGGGCAAUGUAUUUAAAAACAGUGCCUUGCCACUUGGAGAGGCUGCUUGGACCACGCAAGCAUACAGUGCGCUUUCCUCGGUAGUGAAGUCAUGCAAAAACUUUAAAGUCCGCAUCAAAUCAGCCAUGGCCCUCUCAAUCCCCAGCAGGAGGGAAUGCUACGGACCCACAGAGCAGUUCUGCCAGGUCUGGAGUGCUUUGGUGGAAGCCUUGCAGAAAAGCGAAGACACCGAGGACUUCCUGGAAUUCAAAUACAGCGCCAGCCUCAGGACACAGAUCUGCCAGGCUCUGCUUCAUUUGUUGAGUCUGGCAACGAACACAGACCUGCCGCUCAUCUGGGAAACCAUGAGAGCAAAUGGUGAUGCCAUCAAAUCCUAUGUCGUGCAAUAUAUGAAAUCUGGAGUAGAAGACAAUGAAGCAGGAAUGCACACAGACUUGUGUGAGAGAGAGAGACUAUUGAAAGGAGCCAUUGAACAUCUCCAUGGGGUAGAGAAACAUCCAGAGUGCAAAACUGGAGGGAGAGUGUCCGUUUAUCUAGAAGGUAUCUUGACAAACCAUGUCGGUGCUACUGAAUUAACAGAAGCUUAAAAAGGAGUGCUUGUUGCAGUGACCAGGAGCUUGCACUUCGAUGGCGUGCAGAAGAAAUGCGUUGGUUUAAUUUUUGCAGAGCAUCCAAAAGAAUGGUUUCCCGUUGAUGCUGUUAAGCAGCUGAUUUCAAACUUAAGUCCUUCACAGCACCUCAUUAAACAGUUGUUUAAAUUUUUGUUUUCCAUGAACUCCAGAAGUUGUUCUCACAGGUUUUGUUUGUAACUGUGUUACCCCUGAAAAACAAAUGCCUUUUCCUUCUUUGUAUGUUUUAUAAAUGGAGCCUGUUGUGUGAGCUCCAAGGGCGUUUUGUUACUAAUGCUGCUAUAUUCAAAAUCACUUCUGUCAAAGAGGGAGGGGGCAGCAUUUUGUUUUUCUAAGAACUGCAAAUUUUGCCGCUCUUGUGUUCCUGCACUAAACCCAAACAUGCCAAUAUUUGAAUACCAGCUCCGAGCAAACAUGCUUUGCCUUUAACUGUCUGUUCCUGGUACCUCACACCUGGACUGGCCCCCCCUCCCCGCUGCCUUCGCUCCCUGUCUCCCAGGAGCUCAGCUCAGCCAGAAGAUGCCCACCCGCUGUGCUGAGCGGAUGGCAGCGCUGUUGCCUUUUUGUGGGACGUGCUGUGCUGUUCUGCGCCUCGCGUGGCUGUGUGCCUAUCGCUGAGGUUCCGUUCCCCUUCCCCUUCCUUCAGGCUGGCACUUCUGCCUCUGUUUGGUUUGUGCUCGCCGUGCCGAUAAGCUGCGGGAGGACGGGGCUCAGUGACGUUGCCAGGGGCUGAUCAAUGCCUGCAGGAAUGAGGCGGCCCGGGAGGCGCUCGGGGAGCUCCGUGCCCCCGCUGUCCUCCCCUCCGCGGGGAUGUUUGAACAGAGUUCAGAGCAAGCCUUCGCUGUCAUAAAAGCUCUUUGCCAUA